AUGAAUGGGACUCAAGAUGCACCGGCGGGCGCUCCUCUGGCCGCGCACUUUGAGGCCAAGCGGCGUAUCAUGGAUACUGUAAAGCAGAUGGAGGCGCGUGGAGAGAAGUUGGAGGAGGCUACACCCGAAGAGAUCCUCGAAGCGGCUAGCAAGGCGGCGGAAACCGUGUUCAAAUUUGACUUCAGCAUCUCUGCCGAAGACGCCGAGACGAGCGACAAAAAGCGCAAUCGGAAUCACAAGCGCAAUAAGAAGCGGCGAUCCAAGAGGGCGCAGAGCGAAGCAGCAGUAGAUAAUGCUGACGCCGUAGCCAAAUCGGUCGUUCCAGUGACACCAUCACCACAAGACGGUAAUGCGAAGGACUCCAAUCGAUCGGCAUCCAAGCAGAAGGUGGCCAAAGGCACGACAGCUAAACCUACGGGCUCUUCGUUUCUGAAACUUCGCAAAGCAACAGGCACCGAGUCUGAAGUCGCCAAGAUGCACCUUCGAUACGGCCAGGGGCGGCGGAACUUGGCUGCGAUCAAGCACCGUGAGAUGCGCAAGAAGGAAGGCCAGGAACCCGUGAACACAGACUUUAAGUUUAACUUUGCCGCCACGUCAUAG